AUGGGCCGCCCUGCGGGUAACCAGGUAGCGGCCGGGCUGGGGCCAGGCGGCGAGCAGGCGGUUGUCCUCGUGGAGGCGGCUGUGCGCGCGGCGGCGGUGGCAGGCGCCACUCCGCAGGUCGCACCUGCGGUCGCGGGUGCAGCGUUGGGGGCAGCGCUCGGCAAGGCGGGCGCCGUGGGGAUGGCAGCCCAGGUGUCCGACGCCCCGCCCGGCGUCGUUGGCGGCGGCCCGGGGCGCGCAUGGCCGGAGCCAGCGGCGGAGGGCGGACGCGGCCUGCACGGCGCCGGCGGCGGCGGCUCGGCAGCUCGAGAGGGCGUCGAGUGUCUCCACGUCGGCGGGUGCGAGGCCGAAGCGGAGUGCGAGGGUGUCUCGCUGCCCGCGACCUCGCCUUCCCCCACGGUGGUGGCCGAGGCCACGCUGGGGGGGGGCAUGGGAGCGGUCGGGAGCGAGGAGGCCGAGGCCGAGGGCGGCGACGUAGUGAUCAAGGCCCUGGCGAUCGGGACGGAGCUCGCAGUCGCCCUGGAGCGCGACGAGCAGGAGCUGGAGCAGGAGGUCGAGACCGAGGUCGUCGGCGACGCUCAGGCUGUCGUGGCGGGGUGGCCGCAGUGCGUGGAGCCGCAGGGCCGCGAGGUGGGGAAAGUGGACUUGACGCUGCUGGAGGGCGGGGCCGAGAAGGGCGCCCAGGACAGCGGCGCAGCCGGCGGCGAGGACGACUGCACCUUUCCCGAGGUGGCGCCCUUUCCGAAGCUGGAAGACAUGCAAUGCCACCACAUCGGCGAAUGCGAGGCCGACGCGAGCCGCGAGGACGGGACGCUGUUCGCGACCCCGCCCUUCCCCACGAUGGGGGCCGAGCAGAGCGUGCACCAAGUGAGCCUCGAGCCCGGCUUCGUGGGAGGCCGUGGCGAGUUCGUGAUCGACGACGGUGAGAGGCAGCAAGGGACGGACGAGUCCAUCGUGAAGUGCCGUGUGGAAGGCGGCUGCGAGUUGCCGAAUACGCAUGGCGUGCUGGCGGACCUCGGGAAUACCGACGAGGAGAAGGCCGUGCGGUCGCGCUGGGCCGACUCCAUCGACGACGUCGUGCACCUGGUCGUGGAGGCCGCCGAGGUGCCGCAGGUGGCAGAGGAGUGCAAAAACGACAAGUGGGAGGCCGUCUUCGCGGCCAAUCGUGAAGCGCACACGCGGGCGGCAGAGGCGCAGGCGUGCACCGUGGCCCAGAAGGGGCUCGUGCACGACCGAGUCGUCGAGGGCAUCGAGGCCGUGCCCCCUGGGGCCGAUUUGGGGCUCAGCGAGCCUGAGGGCAUGGGCAAGCGCCGACAAGAGGGGGAAGAGCGGGCGAUGCGCAGGGACGGUGUGGGCGCCGUGCCGCGCUGGCGGACAUUCGAAGCAGUGCUGGGUAAAGGUUGGCCCCCUAGGGGUUGA